UUUUGCUCCGACUCAAGGAGAAUCAACAACUCCAAGACCCGCUCGGAUCGCUCCACGACUGGCUCCAAACCUCUCCCAACGCACCAUGCAAUUUGACCGGUAUUUCUUGCAGCGGCGGCGCCGUCGUUGCCUUGAACCUCCGCAGCCUCGGCAUAGUUGGGGAUUUUCCGGCGGAUUUUUGCCGGAUUUCUACGCUUCGGAGUCUCGACCUCUCUGAUAACAGCUUCGGUGGGAAUAUUAGUUCCGAUUCGAUUGCUCUGUGCUCGCAUCUUUCCUCUCUCAAUCUCUCUUCCAAUUACUUUGUCGGUGACCUGCCUGGUUUCCCGGUGGAGUUUCUCAAUCUGACGGUGUUGGAUUUUCAAUCAACAACUUCUCCGGUGAAAUUUCGGCGAAUUUUGUCAACUUGAGAAGGCUCGGAUUUCUCUCACUUGGUUUAAAUCUACUCAACGAGUCGGUACCCGAGUUUCUGUCUGAGUUAACUGCGGUAAAUCAGUUUCGGCCGAGUCCUCUGCCGGGAAACAUCGGACGCCUGGCGAAGCUCGAGAUCCUGAUAGCACCAAUGGCGAAUCUCGAAGGUCAGAUUCCUGAGUCCAUCGGAAUUCUUAGUUCUGUGAAAAUCUUCGACGUUUCGCAGAACAAUUUGGUAGGAGAAAUUCCGAAGAGCAUCGGCGGAAUGAGAAAUGCCGAACAGAUCGAGUUGUAUCAUAAUCAUCUCUCCCACGAAAUUCCGGAUGCGUUCUCCGGUCUCACUUCGUUGCUGCGUUUCGACGCGUCGGAGAACAAUCUGACCGGGAAAAUCCCCCAAAGUCUGGCGGAACAGCUUAAUCAAGGAGUGAAGAUUGUAAGCUGCUUCGCGACGAAGAUCACAAUAGCCUGGCAUUUUGAUUUUCAUAUGGGAGGGAGCGUUGGAAUGGGAUAAUCCUUUUCACGGGUGGCCAGUGCCUUCUCGUAGUAUUGAGCAGCCAAAGAAACAAGGGCAACGUGAUGGUACGCCCGAACAAUGUUGUACAAUGCCUGCUGCAAGAGAAUUUAGAAUGUAAAGUCAUACUUUGAUGGAUUGAAUAAUCUUAUUCGUUCGAUCUCAUCAUCCUUCAAAUGUUCAAUCAUAUGUCAUGCCAAUCUAAACUACCACCCUACAGCGCUAACAUGGGAAUUAGAAUCUCGAAAUAUCUUGUUGUUCUAUAUUUUCUGCAUCCAUGGACACCAUAAGGGCUAAAGAGGGAUUCUCUAAUAGACAUAGAUACGAAUUGAGUUUUUUCACCUCACCAGAUGCAUGUCACUGUUAUGCUGUUAGCAUGUUCAAUGUCUUGGCAAUUUCCUGUAACAUAUAAUAUA